CCCGUUUGCUAUAUAAACCCUCAAAUUUCUGCUUCUCUUUGCCGCCAAAAAAAAAUGCCUGCCUUCUCAAACUACUACUGCAACCUCCUCAUACUCUGCUGCCAAUCAGCCAACCAUUCCCAAGCCAAGAAACUCCACUCCCACAUCCUCCGAACCCUCUCGAACCCCGAAACCUUCCUCCUCAACAAUCUCAUCACCACCUACGGCAAACUCGGCGACUUAUACUACGCCCGCCAUGUGUUCGACCAAAUGCCCCACCCAACUCUCUUCUCCUGGAACUCCCUCCUCUCCGUCUACUCCAAAUCCGGCUCCGUUUCCGACAUGCACUCCCUCUUUCGCCGCGACGGCGUGUCCUGGUGCUCCUUCAUUGCAGGGCACGCUGCUCGCGGCCUUGUUGCGGAGGCUGUGAGGGUUUAUGGGGCCAUGCUGAUGGAUGGGGCUGGUAAUUUGACCCGCAUUACGUUCUCGACAAUGCUGGUCAUGUGUUCUAGUCAGGGGUGUGGGAGUUUGGGGAGACAGUUACAUGGGCAUGUGGUGAAGUUUGGGUUUGAGUCGUAUGCGUUUGUGGGGAGUCCUCUGAUUGGUAUGUACGCAAAGGCGGGGCGGCUAUUGGAGGCCAAGAGGGUUUUUGAGGUGAUGGAGGAGAGGAAUGUGGUGAUGUAUAAUACACUUGUGACUGGGCUGAUGCGGUGUGGGAUGAUUGAGGAGGCUGAGUGUUUGUUUGGUGGUAUGCCGGAGAAAGAUUCUGUUUCGUGGACUACAAUGAUUACUGGGCUGACGAGAAAUGAUGCAGGGAGAAAAGGGCUUGAGAAGUUAGGGUUGAGUAUGGAUCAGUAUACAUUUGGUAGCGCAUUGACUGCGUGUGGGGGACUGUUGGCUCUGCAGGAGGGCAAGCAGGUUCAUGCUUAUGUUGUUAGGACUGAUUUUAUGGAUAAUAUAUUUGUCAGUAGCGCUCUUGUUGAUAUGUAUUGUAAGUGUGGAAGCAUAAAAGCUGCAGAGAUGGUUUUCAGGAGGAUGAACUGCAAGAAUGUGGUAUCCUGGACUGCGUUGCUUGUUGGUUAUGGUCAGAAUGGGUAUAGUGAAGAAGCUGUUAGAGUUUUUUGUGAUAUGCAGAGAAGUGGGGUUGAACCAGAUGAAUAUACGCUAGGAAGCUUAAUUAGCUCAUGUGCUAACUUGGCGAGCUUAGAAGAAGGUGCCCAGUUCCAUGUUCAAGCUCUAGUUUCAGGUCUGAUUUCUUUCACUGCAGUUUCAAAUGCACUUGUUACCUUAUACGGUAAGUGUGGAAGUAUUGAGGACUCCCAUAGGCUGUUUGAUGAGAUGAACAUCCGGGAUGAAGUCUCGUGGUCAGCACUGGUUUCAGGGUAUGCCCGUUUUGGAAAAGCCAAGGAGACAAUUGCUUUAUUUGAGAGGAUGCUGGCCAAUGGAGUGAGACCCGAUGGAGUUACUUUCAUAGGAGUACUUUCAGCCUGUAGUAGAGCAGGACUAGUGGAGAAAGGACAUCAGUAUUUUGAAUCAAUGACUAAAGUACAUGGAAUUACACCGAUGAUUGAUCACUACACUUGCAUCAUUGACCUUCUCAGCCGAUCUGGAAGAUUAGAAGAAGCAAGAAGCUUCAUAAAUAAGAUGCCUAUGCGUCCGGAUGCCAUUGGUUGGGCCACCUUGCUAAGCUCAUGUAGAUUUCGCUCUAAUAUGGAGAUUGGAAAAUGGGCAGCUAAUUAUCUUCGAGAAAUAGAUCCCCAGAAUCCUGCAAGCUAUAUCUUGCUCUCAAGCAUCUAUGCUGCUAAAGGAAAAUGGGAUGAAGUUUCUAGAUUGAGGACAGGAAUGAGAGAUAAGGGGAUCAGAAAGGAACCAGGAUGCAGUUGGAUUAAAUAUAAGAGCAGAGUACACAUCUUUUCAGCAGAUAACCAGUCAAAUCCAUUUUCAGAUCAGAUAUAUGCUGAGCUGGAGAGAUUAUUUUCUAAAAUGAUAGAAGAAGGAUAUGAGCCCGAUCUGAGUUCAGUUCUCCAUGAUGUUGACGGAUCACAAAAGAUGAAGAUGCUUAAUUACCAUAGUGAGAGGCUUGCUAUUGCCUUCGGAUUGUUAUUUAUUCCUUCUGGCCUUCCUAUUCGAGUUGUUAAGAACCUUAGAGUAUGCGGGGACUGCCACAAUGCCACUAAAUAUAUUUCCAAGAUCACCAAGAGAGAGAUACUUGUAAGAGAUGCUGUCCGCUACCACUUAUUUAAAGACGGAACUUGUUCAUGUGGAGAUUUUUGGUGAUGGUAUAUCAUUAGUG